ACCGUCAUGGCGGCCAUGGCGGUGCUGAGGCGGACCAAGGUGCGGCUCCCGCCGGCCUCCGUGGCCCCCCCGCGCCGCCCGACCGGCUCCAACCCCUUCACCCGGGAGCAGGAGCGGCAAUGGCGGCGGCGGAACAAGACGGUGCUCACCUACGUGGCCGCGGCCGCCGUGGGGAUGGUCGGGGCCUCCUACGCCGCCGUGCCCCUCUACCGCCUCUACUGCCAGACCACGGGGCUGGGCGGCACGGCCGUCGCAGGCCACAGUUCGGACCGGAUCGAGACUAUGGUCCCCGUGGAAGACCGUGUCAUCAGGGUCGCCUUCAACGCCGACGUGCACGCGAGCCUCCACUGGAACUUCCGCCCGCAGCAGACGGAGAUCUACGUGGUUCCGGGAGAGACGGCCCUGGCGUUCUACAAAGCCAAAAAUCCUACCGACAGACCCGUCAUUGGGAUCUCCACCUACAACAUAGUCCCUUUCGAAGCGGGCCAGUAUUUCAACAAAAUUCAGUGCUUUUGCUUCGAAGAACAAAGGCUCAACCCUCAAGAGGAAGUGGAUAUGCCAGUGUUCUUCUUCAUCGACCCCGAAUUUGCCGAAGACCCGAGAAUGGCCAAAGUCGAGUCGAUCACGCUUUCGUACACUUUCUUCGAAGCCAAGGAGGGACUUAGAUUGCCACUUCCGGGUUACAGCUGAAACGGACCACCGUCUCGCCUCCCCGUCUCGACCCCCGAUCUGAAACCGGACAUUUAAGAAUCUCCAUUUCACUGUGCCGAGAGAAAUCUCUGCAGCAACAUUUGUGCAUUUUAACACGGCGAUGGGUCGGUAGCAUCUCAUUGUUUUCCACCCCUAUGUCUUUGUGCCCUCCGCGAAAAGUGUUGCAGCAGAUUUUUUAAAAAUGUCGCACUGGGAGCGAAACACUCUUUCCAUUUUAGCAGCGAGACGAUUUGGAUGAGGACUGGCUCGACCCCUCGUCCUUGCUGGUGAGAAUCGGGGGCUCCCGCAAUAGCGAUGGCACUAAAAGCCCGAUUGGCGGGUGUCCCAUCCUCUCUCUUUCCCGAAAAAGGUGGUUGUUUGACAAAGGUGAGGAGUCCAUUGUCGCUACAAGUUCCGAACCUCCUCUGCUGGUACAUUUCUCUACCUCCAGCCCUCAAAAGACAGAAAGGAGGAGGGAGGAGGUUACAAGUAUCGAAGGAGAUGCACACAGAGACCGGAUCGGGCGCUCCAGGUGUCUGCCAGUGGGGACACUCCCAGGGAGCCGCAGUGUCAGAAACAAGGUAGAACUUGAUGAAUUAAAGGGACUUUAAUCAUC